UGUUAUUCGAUGAUCUGUUCAUAUGAGUGACGGAUAUCGAUUCUCUCGACCUGCUCCGUGAUCGCCAAAAUGUUGGCUCAAACUGGCUUCCUACUAAUGUGUAUAGUGAACGCAAUAAAAGCCUCCAGCUAUCAGAUUCACGACGCAUGUCCCGGUGUCUCCAAGAUCUGGUGUCCAGAGCAAUACGACCCUUCAACAAAACAACACGUUCAACUGCAACCAAAAUAUGUUCCUGUCGGCCAUGAAAUAGAAAGUCUGUAUGGUAAUAUUGCUGGUAAUGUAGAGAGGUACUACUGCACAAAACCAGCCUGUCUAGCAGGACCCUGCUGGAAUGGUGCGACUUGUGAGGAAACAAUGGAGGGCUUUACAUGCACCUGUCCUGAAGGAUUUCAGGGUCUACUCUGCCAGGAAGAUAUCGAAGAAUGCUCCAGUAGUCCCUGUGAGAACGGAGCGGAAUGUCUGGAUGGAAUAAAUGCAUACCUGUGCGAAUGCGUACCAGGAUAUGAGGGGACACAUUGUGAAACAGAAACACUGGAAUGUGCAAGUGCCCCGUGUAUGAAUGGUGGAGCAUGUAAUGACGAAAUAAAUCAAUAUACGUGCUCGUGCAUCGGUGGUUAUGCGGGGAUCAAUUGCGAGAUCGAUUUUGAUGAAUGUAGUAGCUCGCCUUGCCAACAUGGGACAUGUAAUGAUGACGUCAAUCAAUACUCAUGUUCAUGUAUUCCCGGUUAUAUUGGAAACAACUGUGAAACAGAUGUAAAUGAAUGCGCAAGUUCACCUUGUCUUAAUGGAGGAGGGUGUGUUGAUAUGGUUAACGAGUUCUCCUGUGAUUGCGAGGAUGGGUACUUUGGAGAAACUUGUGACUCAGAUAUUGAUGAUUGUAUCAACGUGGAAUGUCAGAACGGUGGCGCAUGUGUGGAUGCUGUCAAUAGUUAUUCUUGUUCAUGUGCAUCUGGCUACGAGGGAUUGCACUGCGAGACUGAUUUCAAUGAAUGCGCAAGCAAUCCGUGUCAGAAUGGAGGAUCGUGUACUGAUAAUAUCAAUCACUUUACAUGCACCUGCCAACCGGGAUACGGAGGAUACCAGUGCCAAACAGAUCCUGAUGAGUGCAUUAGCACACCUUGUCAAAAUGGUGGUGGCUGUGUGGAUGGCAUUAAUAGUUAUACAUGUUCUUGUACGUCUGGAUACGAGGGAUUGCACUGUGAGACCAAUACAAAUGAAUGUUCGAGUGAUCCUUGUGUAAACGGAGGGACCUGCAAUGAUGGAGUUAAUGGCUAUUCUUGUGUAUGUGUCAACGGAUAUGGAGGAUCACAUUGUGAAACUGAUAUUGAUGAAUGUAGCAGUAUACCAUGUCAGAACGGUGGUGCCUGUAUGGAUGCUCUCAAUAGUUACUCAUGUUCUUGCGCGUCUGGCUUCGAGGGAUUGCACUGUGAGACUAAUAUUAAUGAAUGUAACAGCAACCCGUGUCAGAAUGGUGGUAUCUGUUCGGAUGGUGUCAAUUUGUAUUCAUGUACAUGCCCAUAUGCUUACUACGGAACGAGCUGUCAGGAUGUGGGCGUGAGGCUCGCAGGUAGUUCCAAUGCUAACGAGGGACGAGUGGAAAUACUCUUCUCCGGAAGCUGGGGGACGGUCUGUGAUGAUGGCUUUGCAGAUGUCAGUGCUGGCGUAGUAUGCCGUAUGUUGGGAUACAAUAGUGGUAUCGCUUUCUGCUGUGCUUUCUUUGGCCAAGGUACUGGAAUCAUCGUCCUCGAUGAUGUGGCUUGCGGUGGAUUCGAAACCAACAUUUUCGAUUGUCCUAAGUCUCUCACUCAUAAUUGUGGCCAUGGUGAGGAUGUAUCUGUAAUAUGUCUUUAGAUUCAGGGCCUGCUAGCAAUUAACGUAGCAGGUGUUGGAAUGGUCCACACAUUCUUGCAUAUAGGAGCUUUGAUCCACCCAUACAAACUCUUAACAUGGACCUACAAGAGCAAGAGGGCAUUUAAGCAGUCACUUCGCAGACACUUUCUAUAACGCAGAGAAUCUUCCGUCAAAAGCCCUUCAACAAAGAGACCUUUGUCGAAAAUCGGUGACUCUAAACAGCAGAGUUGUCCAGGACUCUUGACAAACGACAUGUUUUUGUCCGAUCCGAAACUUAAGACGAUGUGAUUUCCCUGUCCACCAUCUUUCGACAUGGACCUUUAAUCUAGCUGUCCAUGAUGGACAUUUUCAAUAGAUUCUGAACGUUGCAGAAAGCGUCUGCGAAGUGGAUGCUAAAAUACGCUCUUCAUCGGUUACCUAAUCAAAUAAAACACGUGACUGUCAAUGUCUGAUCUGAAUAAAAACAGUCUCUUUAUCUCGGUCUACUCGUAUUAGGUCCCGACUCGAAAGAAUUAGCAGUCUGGGACAU